AUGUCAGGUACGGCAGCCGAUGCCGUGUCAUUGAGCGAUUCUUUCGCGGGGAGUAUCUCGCAGUCUUCCGCGACGGCCAAAAACACAUUUACUUCUCGCGGAGAUGGAUUAUCGGUGGUGCGGACGUACGCCUUUCAUGAACCACAUGACAUUGCCAGUCAGCGCCACCACGGCAUCAAUGUCUACAACGACUGCACAGGUGGCUUGGUGGCUUAA